CGCGCCUGGACGCCGCGGUGUACCAGCAGUACUGGAACGGCCUGCGGGUGCGUGUCGGGGUGCACACCGGGCUGUGCGACAUCCGGCACGACGAGGUGACGAAGGGGUACGACUACUACGGUGACACGGCAAACGUGGCGGCGCGCACGGAGGGCGUGGGGAACGGCGGGCAGGUGCUGCUGACGCGUGCGGCGUACUUGGCGCUGAGCACGGCUGAGCGGGAGCAGUUGGAGGUGACUGCGCUGGGCGCGGUGGCGCUGCGCGGGGUGCCGAGGCCGGUGGAGAUGUACCAGCUGGACGCCGUCCCCGGGCGCACCUUCGCCCCGCUGCGGCUUGACCGUUUGAUGCCGGAACUUGACGGCGACGGCGGGGACACGUCAAGCAGCGGCGAGGCCUCCGCGUCCACCGCAAUGAGCGCCGUCUCGCACACCAUCGUGUCUGUCUUGGCUGUGCUGCUCGGCACCUUCGCGGCCCCGCAGCGGCUGAAGUCGCUGCGUCCUCUCUGCGAGCGUUGGAGAGUCGCUGUGCCGCAUGCCGUUAGAGCGGGCAACGAGGAGGACGCCUGCCGCGUGGCGAUGGAACGGCUGGCGGUCAAAAUGGGCCACGUGAUGGAGAAAGGCGCCAAGAGAGCUUCCGUGGAAUGCAAUCCACGUAAAACGUCUCUGCCGCUCAUGUCCUUCUUUCGCGGUGACGAUGAGCUGCACGUACCCAACCCCUCUGUUGGGGGGGAUGAGAGUCUCGGGAGGCGUCCGCCACGCAGCAGCUUCAGCCAGUCAACUCUGCCUGCGACGGAGGAAGUGCAUUCUGGGCCGGGGGACCCGUUUGUCACCGUCCACGUUCGUCGGUGCGUGUAA